AUGGAUCAACUACCUCAGUUUGGAACGGCCAUCUUCCAGGCCUUGAUGCCAACGAUGAAGGCAUACAAUUCCGUGCACGAGAACAACAGAAGCAGCAUCGAGUCCACUCCUCGUGAAGAGUUUACCUAUGGCUCCGACCCAUGCCAGAAGCUCGACUUCUACAGUCCAAAAAGUAUAUCCGAGGACACACCCAUCGUGGUCUUCGCGUACGGAGGUGGUCUCUCUAGGGGUGACAAGCGCUUGCCCAGUCCACCAACGGCCGAAGGCCUGGUGUAUGCCAACAUCGGACACUACUUUGCGUCGAGAGGGUUCAUCACGGUGAUUCCUGAUUAUAGACGUACAGGCGAAGGUGGCACCUACCCCAGUGGAGGGCAGGAUAUCGCCGGUGCUCUGGAAUGGAUCAAGAACCGCUUCGAUACCGGCAGCCACAAGCUCUGGAUCAUGGGUAACUCUGCCGGUGCAGUUCACUCUGCCACUUGGCUCCUUGAGCCCUCGCUCGCCGAAUCGAGAAAGAGUGUCCAGACAGGCUCAAUCAUCAUCCAAGGCGUGGUUCUCGUCUCCAUACCCGCACACUUCCAGAAAGCAGGGGCUGACCGUAGGGAUGUACUUACCGCAUACUACAAAGAUAGACUGGAAGAGGAUUGCGCUCUGGGGCAGGUAUCCAAGGCUCAGUCUCCCGAGGCAAAGUUGUUGGUCGUGACUGCUACCUUGGACCCUGAAGAUGAGAUUCUCGAGCCCAGUCAACACUUUGUCGAUGCAUACAAAGAGAAAUUUGGAAAGGACAGUCUGAGUGAAGUGGUGCUCGAAGGUCACAACCACUUCAGCACUGUCCUUGGAUUGGGCACCGGAGACGAGCGGGAAGAGUCCUUGGGCAGAGAAGUGCUUCAGUGGAUGGGCCAAGCUUGA